CAGUGCUGGUUAAUUCCUACAUUAGGGGUGGGAAUUGCAGUCUGUGUAUCAUUUGUAGCUCUCAAAGUCUUUCUAUACAGCUCUAGAGUCUCUCUCUUGGACUUACUUGAUCCUAAUUGUUUUAAAUUUGGAACAAAAAGAGAGAGAAGAAUUACAUUUGCAGAAGUAUCUAGAGGGUGUGAUUUUCCAUUUACAUUUUAUUCAAUCUCCACACCUUUCUAUAACCCCAAAAUUGCAUUUUUAUAAAGUCAAAAGUGACCUUCUGGUCACUUCUGGUUUUGGAAAAAUGGAUGGGUGAAGCCAGUAAGCAUAUUGAAUCAAAGGGAUGGAUGUGGCCCCCCCGUUUUCCUUCAGGUACCUAGGUAUCAAAAAAUAGAUGCAAUAACUGAUACAUUGUGGUUGUCUGCUCUAUGAGACAUCAUUGAUAGAUACAUUAGAAUCAAAGACACAUGAUUACACAAAAGUCACAACAAAACAUUAAGGCACUUAUAUAAUGAGACAGCAGCUAGCUAAAGUGUGUUUCAUCUUGGAUUGCAAAAUUGGUAGUCUUUCUGAGAUGAAGGAUCCUUGGUCUCCAAGAUGUAAUCAUGUUUAAAAGAAACUCUUUCUUCUAAGCUGCUUGAUUACAUAAAUUGAGGAGAUUCUAUUUAUCAUUUCUUUUAGGAUGGCUGGUUAUUAAAGAGAAUACUGUAGUCAUGCUCUCUUUAGGUGUGGAUACAGUUUUACUUAUCCAAACUUUUGAGCUGACACUAUCAGGAUCAGAACAUCUCUUGUGUAUGUCACUGAAAAUGUGUUCAAAUCCUCUGGUUUGUGUCUUGUUUGUCAGCCAUCUAAUCUGAUUAAUGCUGAAAAUCAUUAAGACAUCAUGAGUGUUAGUAGUGAACAGUUUAGCAGGUUUGUGUUUUAGCAUGCUUGCAAACCUUAGGCUAUGAUUUUAUUGUAUAUUUAAUCAUAUAAUAUCAUGUUCUAAUAACCUGGUGUUCCAAGGAGUGAAGCCCACAAAACUUCAGAACACUUUGGAAUCAUUCAUCUCAAUGGAGUAUACAGUUGUGAACAAACAGACAAAUAAAUAUUAGGCAGCUGUCAAAGUGACAGGAGGCCUGUGAGAACAUACUGGAAUAGGCAGUGCUAGAGCCAUCUUUCUGUUCCUUCACUGUAGCCAAAUAAAACAAAUGAUUCUGAAAAGAUGAAAACUGAACAAGGCAAAGGAGAUUCUGCAUCUUCCUCCAAGGAAACUGAACAAGGCAAAGGAGAUUCUGCAUCUUCAGAAAAGAAAACUGAUUUACCCAAGGUGAAUCAGACGACCACAAAAGCAAUCCUGUCUCCAACUGAAUUUAGUUUUCGUUUGACUGAAUCCUCAGCAUAUCCACAGAACAAUAAGGAAGUGCCGUCUGAGAAAAAAGAAGAUUCUAAAUUGGCCCAGUUAGAAAACAGCCAAACUGCUGAUGUCUAUCCCAAACAGACUUCCCCUAUACUAUCAGCCAAAACACCUACAGAAGAAGAAGCAUCAUUUAAUAUUACAAAAGAUCCUCAUGGCAUGGAAAAAGAGCCUACAGUGAUGAAAGAUAAAAGUAGUGAUGUUGUGGAAGAUUCUGCCAAUGAGACUCACCUUGUUCCAUCAUUUGGAGCACCUGUAGAAGAGCAAACAUCUGAGACUACAGAAGAUACUCAUCCUUCAGCAAAAGAAAAUUCUCCAUUGCUGGAAGUCAGGGAAUCCGCAGACCAUUUUGAACAUGAUAGUGCACAUCUGGAUGUAAAAAUUCCAUUUCUGUGUGAGACCACAAAAGAUCACCCUUCUGAAGAAAAAGAUGCAACUGAACUGACUUCAAGCACAGACAGCUGUGUAAGCCAUGAACGAAAGGACACUGCUGUUACAGUUGAUGCUUGCAGCCUGCCACAUACCCUCAGUGAUAUUUGUUGUGUGCCUGUUCUGGUGAGAGAAACAAAAACCAAACUGCCUUUUCCUUGGGAAAUCAACUCCUUGCUUGAUGAACCUGUGAGAGGAUGGGCACCUGAGGAUUGUCAGGAGCCACCCUGGAGUGUGAAUGAAGUUCACAAGAGUGAGAAAGUCUCUGAAUGUGACAGAGGUUCAGUGCCUUCUCAAUCCCUGCCUCAGGGACAUGUCUCUUGUGACCAAAAAUGUCAUAUCGAAAGACUACAAUACUGUCAUUCUUGUUCAACAAAGAGUUAUCACAGCAGUACUUCAAAGGAUUCUAGCCAAAACUGUGCCCCAAGGGAGCUGUUCAUUCAGAGAUCAAGAUCCCCUCACAGUCAAGAACGAAAAUCGAGAUCCCCUCACAGUCGAAAACAGAAAUCGAGAUCUCCUCACAGUCGAAAACAGAAAUCGAGAUCCCCUCCCAGUCGAAAACAGAAAUCGAGAUCCCCUCCCAGUCGAAAACAGAAAUCGAGAUCCCCUCCCAGUCGAAAACAGAAAUCAAGAUCCCCUCCCAGUCGAGAACAGAAAUCAAGAUCCCCUCAUAGUCGAGAACAGAAAUCGAGAUCCCCUCCCAGUCGAGAACAGAAAUCGAGAUCCCCUCCCAGUCGAGAACAGAAAUCGAGAUCCCCUCACAGGCAAAAAAAGAGAUCAGGAUCCCCCCAGCAGCAAGAACAGGAAUCAAGCUCCCCUCACAGACAAGAAGAGAGUUUGCAUAGGCAAGAACAGAGUUUGAGAUCUCCUCACAGGAAAAAACAGAGAUUGAAGUCCUCUCACAGGCAAGAACAGAGUUCAAAGCUCUAUUAUAAGCGCAAGUGGCCAUUUCAUGAACGAGAGCGAAGUUCAGGUUUCCCUCAGAGGAGGAGAAUUGACUUUGGAAGACAUUAUUACCCUUAUUGCAACUGUAAACAUAGCUGUAGUCUGCCCCAAGAUAAUUUUUGGGAAGAAGAGUUGUCUCCCCAUUACUUGCCCUGUAAAAUAAAAUGCAGCUGUUCUCCCAAAGAAAGAAGCACAACUGGUAAACCCUGUCCUCCAGCAAGUAACGCUAUGAGGACAAAGAAGAAAAAAGUAAAAAAAGUAAAGCAGCCUGAGGAAACUGCAAAGAAGAGAACAUCUUCAGAGGAAGGAAAAGAGUCUGUCAAGAUGCAGAUGGCAGCCAAGAGUGAGGAGACAGGCUCCCCUUGCCUACCCAACAUAGAGGAGAAAACCACAUCAUGGACUCUGAAGGACCGUUCUGCAGCCGUGCUGGCAAGGACAGAAGAGAUUGAGAAAGCUUAUCUGCGGGUACUCCUCAACUUUGCAGGAGUGGCUGUCAUGUUGGUAGAAAAGGAACCAAGCGUGGAGGCAGCUAUAGAAUCAGCACUGCGGGCCAACCUGAGGAGGAUUGGGGACUACUAUGAACACAUGCUGAAGAACUACAUUGACAGCUUAGCUGAAGCCAGCUGAAAGGAGACUUAAUAGGAACAAUCUACCUAAUGCAACUAAAUCCUGUUUCACAACAGAAUGAGGGAGCUUGGAAGCUGUGAGGGUUUUUUCCCUGUUGGGUGAGACUGGGAAAAAAUAGCGUCCUUUGGCACUAGGGAUGAAACCCCCACCCAAGGAAUAUGAGUUUAAGGUGCAACAGCUAUGGGAAACGGAGGCAAUAGCUGAAAGACCUGCAGGUGUUAUUGCUCUGUUUAUGAACAAAGGGUCUUGGAGUAGGAAAGCUCUCUUGAUAACAGGACUAUUCUGAGCAGUGUUGGCAGAGAAGUUUCUGAAAGGGUUGGGAACUCAAGUCAAUGAGGAAUUGGGAGAUGGCAGUACACUAGAUACACUGGUUUGUUACAAUUAAUUGUUGGACAAUUUUUUCCCUUUUGAUCAUCAGAGCAUCACAUCUGAUUCUGUAUUUUCAGCUCUCUUGAAUUCAUACACUCCUACCACAGGCAGGGAGAGAAUGGAGGAGGAUCCCCCCACCCCAAUUCCUUGUAAAAUCUUCAUGUUUGUUUUUUGAAUUGUUAAAAAGGGUUUUUUUAAUACAAAUAAUAAAAUGAUGGUUGGAAACAA